AUGUCUUGCAACUUUGAAUGUGAGCUAGCUGGCUGCCUUUAUCUCCCUGGCAUCCUAAUCCAAGAGCUCAGCAGAAGUAUCUAUAGAGGAUGUACCAUCACCAUCCUCUGCGACAAUGCUGCUACAGCGGCCUGGCAGGACAAACAAUGCCCCACCUCUCCAAGCUCUGCUACUUCCUAUCUGAAACAGCUCAAUGACAUCCAACACCAUUACUGGCAGAUUUGGCAAACCUCCGUUGCCUCAAUCCCCAGCCUUGACCCCCAUCCCAACGGGCUCGCGCCAUGUCAACAGCUUUCUUUACUCAAGGUUUUUGCCACCCGAGUUCGAUGCGGUCGCCUCACUGCCAGCGGCCAACCUGUUCGCGCUGCAAGGGUUCAGGACUACGGACGGGCCGUUGCCCAGGAAAUCCGUCUGGGGUCCCACCUCCGUAAGGAUCCCCGGCUAGACGAGCACAACACUACCCACAUCGAACUAGCCAACAUCUCCCGCGGCUACUCCAAGGCCGACCCACCACCGGACAAGACCAAACCCAUCCCACUUCAGCUCCUACGGCAUGCCAUCACUUGCAUCCUCUCCACAUCCUCCCGGGAUCAAACGAUCCGCAACAUGCUGCUCAUGGGCUGGUUUUUCCUCCUCCGACCAGGCGAAUACACCUAUUCUGCCCCAAUCAACACACCAUUCCGUCUCAAAGACGUGACCUUCCUCACCCCAACCUGA